AUGUCGCACGCCCGGGUCCACGAGGACCCUAUUGUCUUGGUCAUUGAUUUCCACCAUGCUAGGGGCCCAGAGAUUGAACUAUGCAUUGGACCAGAAGGGACGGACCCCGCGGCGGAGAAUGACUGGUCACUAUUGCCUUUCAUGGCGCUUUCAGACGGAGCGCAUAUGUCGACCGAGGAAUUUUCAUACUUUACCCUUCGCCGCAAAGGAACCGACACCGAACCUCCGACGUCACUUUUCGGUAUUGCUUGUUCGAGGCAGAUCGACUCGAAAGCUCUCAUCCAGAAGUCACCCGAUGUUACAAGGUCUACAGUACAGAAGGCGGUCGUGGUUGUAACGGAGAAUCCGAAGAGCCUUGGGCAGCUUCGGGAGAAAUUAUCCGUUGUCACAUCGGCAUGGUUUGCGCAGCGGGACUUUUCCGAUCUUGAUAUCUUGAAGAAAUUCCGCGAAGGGUUGGUCAUAAGUUUGGCGAAAGAGGAAGGGUUCAAAGACCAAACACUCGGUCUUUCCCUACGAGAGAUGAUCCACGAUUACAAGUACCAGACUCUUGUUUUAUUCAAAGCCUUACUUUUGCAACCGAAGAUGCUUUUCUUCGGCUCAAGAUGCGAACGUCUAUGCAUGAUUCAGUUCUCCCUGGUGUCUCUCAUCCCGGGACUCAUGAAUCACCUUCAAGAUUGCGCGGACCCGUCUUUUGACACUUACGCGCAGACGGUUGAGAAGCCGACCUCUCUCAGGACAAGUGAUAGGAGCUCAUUGCUGGCAUAUAUGGGCCUCCCGUUACAGAUUUUUGGAAAGGGAAGCAUGUUUGGACCAUACACACCUCUGCAGCAGCUGGAUCUGCUGGCAGACGAUGGAACGAAAUCAUAUGUUGUUGGAUCUACGAAUUCUUUGCUACUGCAGCAGAAAGACCGUUACAGCGACCUUUUAAUAAACCUCGACGAAGAUACGAUUAAUAUUACAUCACCUUCUUUACGAAAUGCAUUGACCCUUUCCACGGCAGACCGACGGUGGAUUGAUGCCAUUACCCAGAUCGUGAAUGAUACAUGGGACGAAGCACAUCCCAACCAGCCCAAGACUCAUGGUUACAUGGGCUCGGAAGAGUUUAUUAGGCUCCAAUUUGAGGAGUACCUCCUUGCGUUGCUGUCAAGUAUGAAAUAUCAUGAAGAGCUCAACUCUUACCUCACUGGUGAUACGGCCCGCCGUAACCGAGCCCAACUGGACUCUUACAAUAUCGAGGGCGAUCCAGCACUAGAGUUCAACCAAGAGUUCCUAACCCAGUGGAGAAACACCUCCAACUAUGCUUUAUUCCAGCGCCUUACCUCUGACGCACUGUUAUUCUCCGUCGCCGAACCUCGACACCCAUCAGCUGGUGGCCUCACGAUCGAUGACGUUCAAAGACGAAUCUCUCAACAAGUUGCAGACCUCCACCUCGAUGAGAAAGUGCGCGAAGGCCGUGAAGCACUCAACCGGCAUAUCUCGACUGGGCAAAAGAAAGUGUCUGCCGCUUUUAACAGUUUCUGGGCAGACAUUGAAGCUAUGCGCGAAGCGCAGCGCAAACGGAACGAAGACAAGGCAACAAGUCAGUCACCGCGGCCGUCUCUAGAUAGGUCCUCCACCCUUCCUACCUCGCCCGCAGAAUCCACAUCGGCCGCUGCCUCCGCCUCCUCUUGGUUCCCGAACCGGAAAGUCGCCGUGCCCGCCGUGGACAUGACGCAGGCCCAGGCCUCCGUCAGCGCCGUCGGCCAGAAGGCCGGUGCCUACUUCAGCUCCUGGGGCACCUGGGCCUCCGAGAAGAGGAAAGAGUGGCAGGAGAAAAAGUCCACUUCGACUUCUCCUACGCCUAGUAUCACCGCGACGUCCCCAUCCUCUCCGACUCUGACGAGCACUGCAGAGCCCACUGAUGCCACGAACACAAACAGUGAUCGAGACAGGCGGCAGUCUUUCCAGUCUCUCCGCAGCGAAGCAUCCUCUACCCUCUCACGCAGCGGGAGCCGAAGGAAGCGCUUGAGUAACCUGCUGUUCAAGCGCGAAAGCUUAGACCUCAGUGUCAACACCAGCAAUCGUGAUGGCGAUGACAACGAGAUCGUUUAUCCGAAGUCACCUCUGUCAAGAGAAGAAUCCAUCCUGGGCGAUGAUAGUCCGGAACUGCCAGCCAAGCAAACCGGAGGCGAACAGCACAGGAUUGACAAUGCCUCCAAGGUGGAAGCAGACAGAAUUCCUGAACGUAAAGAUGCUGAUGCUUUCGACACUGCACUUGACGAUAAUGCACAGUCGCGACAGCUACAACCAACAACAGCCGCUGCCGAACCCGCGGCAACCAAACUGGCAAUCCCCAGCCCUGGAACUGUCGCCGAGUCCGACCUCGAGAAACCACCCGCGCAGCCUUCAACGCUUACGAACGAAAACCAGCCACCAUCAUAA